GGGCCGGGGCCGGGGAAGGCGGAAGCACUGGGUGAGCCCGGCGGCUGAGUGCUGAGCCACUCGCCUUCCCGCUGCGGCCGGAUCCGCGGAGCCCCGGGCCCCGCCGGCACCAUGGAGCUGCUGCUGGGCUUCUGCAACUGGAGCACGCUGGGCUUGUGCGCGGCGCUCAAGCUGCCGCAGAUCUCCGCCGUGCUGGGCGCGCGCAGCGCGCGGGGCAUCAGCCUCCCGAGUCUACUUCUGGAGCUGGGAGGGUUCCUGGUGUUCCUCCGGUACCAGUGGUACUAUGAGUACCCGCUGCUGACCUACCUGGAGUACCCCAUUCUCAUCGCACAAGAUCUCAUCCUCCUGCUGUGUGUCUUCCAUUUCAACGGGGAUGUGAAACGGGCAGCACCCUACAUCGCCCUCUGUGUGUCUGCUUGGUUCAUCCUCACCCUGCAGAAGUGGAUCUUAGAUCUGGCCAUGAAUUUAUGUACUUUCAUCAGUGCGGCCAGUAAGUUUGCUCAGCUCCAAUACCUGUGGAAGGCCAGGGACUCGGGGGCCGUGAGCGCGCUGACGUGGGGCCUCGCUUCGUACACCUCUGCGACCAGAAUAAUAACAACUUUAAUGACCACCAAUGAUCUUACAAUUCUUCUACGUUUUUUGAUCAUGCUGGCUUUAAAUAUGUGGGUAACAGCUACAGUACUUCGCUACCGGAAGACCGCUGUCAAGGCUGAAUGAUGGAUACAUUAUUCCUACACGAAGUGGAUUUCAAAUAACUGAACCAAAGGGAAAAAAGCUCAUUGCUAAAUCAAGGUCUUUUAUAAAUUUAGCCAAUCAUGCAUGCCAAAGGUAUUUUAGACUUGAAAGAGCCCACUUAAAACACUUGUUUGAAAGUGUCAGUUCCCCUCCCCUUCCCCAUUUCAUUAGGUUAAGGUGGGGCUCAGACAUCUGCAGUUUGGAGAAGGCUUGGUGAUUGGUGGAAGUCUUCCAAGAAGCCCAUUUUGAGGAGAUUGCUAUGACUCUCAUUCUCAGUCAUGAUUAAGUUUCUCCAAAGAGCUAACUACAUCUCCUUUUCAGCUUUCAGAAUCUUUUAAGAAAUCAAUUCUCUCCACAACACAAAUGAACACGAAUGGAGUGGGAUUUUGCCCAGAGUGGAAUUGUAAUAAAUUACCAGGGUUCACUUUCUGGUACUAAUGUUUAAUUGUAAUACAGAUAUAACAGGAAGGCCUUCAUAAUACUGUAUCAUACCCCCUUAGGCUCUAGCAAGCAUACCAAGGCAAGUGAAAAUGUUACUGGCUUGCCUUCAUACACCAAAGGAGACCUUUAACGUCAUACUGUGCCUUUACGUAAUUCCUAACAAAAGGUACAGUCUAUUGAUGAGGCAAUCCUAAUAUACUUUGAUUCCAGCACGAUGCUGCCAUUUUUAAAAGGGCCACACCUAUACAAUUACGUUACUGGAAUCUGGUACAAAAUAUAGCUGACCUCUACCAAGUUUUGUCUAUUGAAAAUAUGUGCAGUAAAGGAUAUUGCUGGGUUCUGCCAAGUUCUCAUGGAUUUUAUUCUCAAAGUAUCAUACUCUAAGCAUAAUGUUAAGAUUAUUGUACACUGUAUUUUCCUGUAAAGACUUAUGAACCCUAACAUUUAAAACCUCUCUUUCCCCUAAUAAUUGAAUGGCAUUAUUAAAUGCAGUAAAUAAUGUUUAUUAUAAAAUGUUUGUUUCUUAUGUAAAAUAAACUUUCAUAUUUUGAACUCU